GACGACCUUGAGGCUUCACCCGUCAGCUGUUAAAAUUGCUAGUGUCAAGAUAUGCGUCGCGCGGCAAGCUUGUGUGAAUUCUAAAUCAUAUUCAUUAACCUAGCAAGAUGUAUAGCGUAAUUAUAACAAUUAUUGUUAUUUUGCUUCUGGUUUGGGAUGUGGGAUAUUAUCUCAGAGCUUAUUUAGUCGUUUUCUUUGGGAGACUGUUUCAAAGAAGAUUCAAGAUCAAUGAAACCACAGUGCUGUACGGCAUCUGUACCACCCGUGACGUGGACAUCUUCUUCACGCAUAUGAACAACGCGCGCUACCUCCGAGUACUAGACUUCUCCCGCAUCCACUUCUACGACCGCACCGGCCUCUACGAGAAGCUCGCGGCGGUCAAAGGCGCGGCCCUAAUGGGCGCUAGUACUAUUCGCUACAGGAGGCCGCUUGAUAUAUUUAGCCUUUACAAAAUAGAGACCAAGAUGUUAUGCUGGGACGAAAAGACGAUCUUCCUCGAGCACAAGUUCAUCACGUUGAAGGACAACUUCGUGCGCGCCAUAGUUCUCUCACGGACGCACAUAGUGGGCCUCGACUUGCCGACGGCUAUGGCGGACGUUCCCGAAGCACACAACAUGAAAACCUUUCCAGAGGAGGUGGUCCAGUGGCAGCAGUGCUUGGAGACUGCGAGCGCUAGGUUAAGGAAGAAGGAUUAGAGUAGGUAGGUAAUGCUAAAGACUGAUGCAUUUAUUGUCCUGAAUUGAGUUUAGGCUUGGUCACCUUUUUUGACAGGGAGUUGCGGUACGCCGGAUGGAAGUUAAUAAUUCUGCGACUGAUAACAUAUGAUCAGCUAAUCUCUUAUAGAGCGACGAUUAAAUAAAAAAAUAUCCGGCCCUGAAAAGGCGGCAUUAAUAGAAGGAAUUUAUGCUUAUUGAAUUGUAAUUGCUCGGCAGAAUACUUGAUAUUGUUUAUGUGUGAUUAAUUGAUUACUUAAUGUGUAAAAUAGUCAUUCCCUCCCCAAAUUCCCAAUAUAUCACCGUCUUACAUAUUGCGAGGAAAAGCCUUUGUCUAGCAAUUGAAGUCAAAUACAAGCUAGUAGAUCGAGGAAAGCAACUGUUGAUUUGUUUGUAUUUAUCUUUAAGCUAAGAUAAUACUGCUACUUAAGAAAAAGAAAAGCAUUAGAAAAGGAACAUUAGUUGUUACCGUGCCUACUUUGAAUAUCUACACAGGUGCAGAUUGGACAUUUGCCAAAAAAAAUCUUGUUCGAAUUUAAAAGUCGGAGGCUUUGGUCGAUGCUUUUUUUUAUUACCAAAUGUUGUAAUUAUUGUUGAACCAAUGAGAUUGGGAACUAGAAAGUCAGUGCGAUAACGAACAAAAAACGUGUUAAAUAUGUGAGUUACUGAUUCGGGACUUUAAUCGGAGAUCAGAAUACCGAAGUUGACGGGCCCACAUUUCACACGUGAUUGAUUUAUUGCUCUAUUGUCAAAUAUAUGAGUAAUCAAAAUUUAAAAAUAUUAUCUUUAUUCGAAAUUCGUUUAAGUGCAUUUCGCCAUCAACUAAAAUAAUACAUAAUUAUAUGUAUUGGAUUUGGUGAAAGAGAUUCUGGCUGAAUUGCCUGAAAUCUAUAUAGCUAAGUAUUCGUUUUGAAUACUUUUACAUCGAAAUCUGAUACAUGGAGGCCAAUUCGAACUUAAACUGACAUCAGAAUGAUAUCUAAAUGAUGUAAUUAGUUAUCAUGCGUCUUGUUCGUGCCAAUACAUGUACGGACAAGUACGAGCAAAGUUUACGAUAACUUAAUUACGUUUUGGAUGCCAUUUUUGAUGUCAGUGUACGUUCGAAUUGGCCUGAUGGUAAAUCAUGAUAUCGGUCUCACUCCCUUAAGUAAUUCAUUAUUCAUAGUAACAGACCAGCUAAGCUGCCUGCGAUUUUGAUAGCCCAGCCGGUCCAAAAACUUAGCUUGGUUGACUCUAAUCCCUGUUCCUGCUGGAACAAUUACCUCUCACGUAGAUAUUAAGCAGCAGGUAUAUUGUGGUUUUGACCAAAAGUUACUUAAGACUCGCUUGGAGCCGUUUAAACUUGGGAAUAGACGGGCUACUUUAGCACUUACAUUAUCUUGCCUUUGAAUGGAUCUCAGUGUUAUCUCAGGAAACGUAAUUCUGUAUGACGGAGAACGCAUAUAUGCGUUGCUGGCAGUGAAUGUGAAAAACGUGGAAUAUUAUUUGUAAGAAGGAGGAGCAUUAGCUAAUACAGAACAUUAGGUUGUUGCUAUUUUUUGAAAUUGAGGGGAGAUUUAAAUCUUCUUGGGACAGAGGUGUAGGGUUAGAGCCGGUGUAGCUUUAUUUGACGUUCAUAAGCGCAUUGUAACAUGCCUACUUGAAUAAUAAACUAUCUUUAUCUUUUUGACAUGAACGUUUCUAAGCUUUUGAUGAUUAUUGCUUGAAAACACGAAUUAGGUUAUCUAAAUUGCAAAAUCGCAAUACUUUAAUAUUCCACUUUCCGUAGUAAGUGAGAGUUCCAUACUUACUUUAGUACCUCAGAAUGAAUAUUUACUCAAGCCUUGUGAUUUUUCUUAUUAAAAUCACUUAACAAGCUGUAAGAUUUAAAAUGUACAUCCGAGCCAGUUACUUAAAAUUAAAGGCGAAUUUUUUAGAGGUACAAAUACUAAAGAAAAAAAUGAUGUUUUUAAGCGUACAUAUCUGAUUUUGUUACGCUGUACACUUUUUUUACCAAUAUUUUUACGCAGUACGCCUUUGUAUCACAAAUAUACCUACUUCGAGUAAUUAUUUUAUUAUUGCGUCUUAAUAUUUAGUCAUUUUAAUUAUAGCCUUAACUUAUUAUCUUAGAAUUACAAUAAGUAUGUACUCAAAGUACCUGCUUAUGCUUUGAUUUAGAGUAGAUAGUUAGGGGACGUAUUCCAAUGUGUUAUUAGGUACGAUUAAAUCUGUAGGACUGUUUCGUCUAUAAAUGAUUUGUAUGAAUAACUGAGUGCAAGGUGCACUCAGUUCUUCAUACAGCAGAUAUAGAACUGAACUACAUUAAACUUAUAAGACUUCUUAAUUCAGUCAUUAAGGGGCUUAAAGUAAGAUUGGGCUACAUGCAUGAACAAUAUUUUAUAUUUUUCGUUAAAUAAACACGUCCAACUACAGAAAAUUAAUGCAAAUAUGCGAAAUCCGUCUUUGCGGUAGUGGUUAGCCCCGUUUGUCGCUCCGAGCUUUGUAUAUCCAGUUGGCUUGACCCGGUCUUACAUUCAUAAGUAAUGGAAUCGGAGGUCUACUAAAAUCGUGUAUGCCGGCGGGGAGGGAGGAACUGGUGGGCGUGGCUUAAGCUGGAUCCAGACGAGUGUAACGCGUACGAUUACGUGUAAUAUAGCGUCAAAGUGUUCACUGUUCGCCUUUGUGGUUGCGCUAAAAAGUGACAGUCUAUGGAUCGGGCACGAGCGUUACAUGUAAUGCUCGCAGUGCCGUUCAUACGCAGAAUUCCUGUUACAUUACACCAUGGAUUACAUUACACGUUACGCCCGUCUGGAUUCGCCUUUAGGAAUAGGUAUCCGCAGCCUUAGUAGGCCCAAUUUCCUUAUGUUAUAACGAGAGAAAUGUAACUAUAUAGCCCAUUGAAAGCGUUCUAAAUAAGGGUAAGGGUUGCAAUAAAUCUGCUCGUAUUUUAUUCGAGUAUGUUAAUACCUAGUCACAAAAUGCUCUUCUUAAAUUCGAGUUUCUGACUUUGAAAGCCUACCGGGUCAUUGUCAACUACCUGAAAAACAUUUUUUUUUUUUCAAUUUUCCCAAGAAAAGACUUAUGUUACGGCAAAAGUCACUAAGGAAAGUUUAAAUUUGCAUGUAGGUAUUGACUCUUGACUUGAGUUGAGGCACAGUCCGUGCUGCGCGCUUUUUGUAUGGUCAUUUUCCGCCGCGGUGCGCGUGCCACAUGAUUUCUCAAUUUAGAUGUUUCUGGGGUACAAUAUAUACUUAGCAGGUUUAUUAGAAACAUUUGAAUAUCACUGGAAGUAGAAUCGAUUGAAAUAUUCAUGAAAUUCCAAAAAAAUCAUGCAUGAAGCUAAUUACCUAAUACUUGGCCAACCAACUUGUAAAAUUUAUACUGUACUUAAAUCAAGAGAUAUUCUUGCAUUUCAUUGUAUGUUUCUAUGUAUUAAUAUUAAUUGUAAAUCAUCAUUACCAGCGAGUUAGUGACCGUUUAUCUGUUCGCAAUUUCGUGACAUAGUAAUAAAAAUAUAUCCCUAGUUAUAGCCAAUUUCGAUUGGUAUGAUUUAUUAGAGUUAACGUAACAUAAUGACUAAAAUCAUAUUGCCCGAGCUUAUGCCUUAAAAUUGUAAAGGCUCGUGGCUGUCAAAAAAUUGCUACCGAUAACAAUCACUAAUCACUCGGAAUACACACACAUUUUGUGUUCUCUAGUAAGUAUUUAGUGUCAUUUGUUUUCUCAUGUUACUAUUUUGUUAAGCAGUAUUAGAUUUAAUGGCAAUGACUUACGCAGAAUUUAAUGAAGUGUAAUGAUUAUUGUCUCGUUCUAUUUAUUGUACAAUGAUAUGUACUUAUGAUGAUUGUUUAUUUAAUAAACCACUUAAAGUAUAGUCAUUUUUAAUAAACCGCUUUUAAAUUA